UCCUACUAUUGUUAUGCUGAUCCACGCUCUCGGCCCCUGCAGCGCGUCUACAGACUCACCGCCUCACUCCAGGGCAACGCGCGCACGCGCUGUGCGUGCGCCUCACCGAUCAAUGCCGUGUGAUACGAUCUGAUCUCGACCCUCCGCCAACGCCUUUUCGCCCCGCAUCGCGACAUACACCAUGGCUUAAUGACACACAUCAGCACGUCUCCACCUCGUGUAAAACACCCGAGACCAGUCGCCACCCCUUGCCAUCCAUCUGUCGUACAACCUGGAGUACCCCAGAUUGAGCUCGCUGCACGAGGCACAAGGUGGCUGUCCAGGGCGUGCACUGCACGUCGCUCCUCUGGGCCAGAACAUCUGCGGCAUGCAGUGCAACGACGUGGAAGCUUCUUCACCGGCGGCCUACUGUUCUACGCGUGCAGGACAACAACGCGUCAAGGCCUGUCGCUCACGUGCGUGCGUGCAGCGCUGUGCGACAUCUGCGGCGGUCGUACUAGCUCCAUUCUCGCCGCAACGACUCAGAUGCAGCCUCAGGACGCGGCUCGCGCAAUAUGCUGCGUGCGGGGUAAUUACUGCAUACGUUAUGGCAAAGAAGACGAGCAUGAGGGUAUGGAUGGGGGCCUGCGUAACGUUCGUGGUCUGCGGAGUGCAGGGCCAUCGCAUGAGUCCUUCGCGCCAACUCCUCCCCUGCACCGCACCACACGGAAUUCCGUCAGUACCUCCGAGUACGUCCUUCCCCUCUUUUACAUACCCAGCCCUCACCCCAAAAACAAUGCACGCAGAACACGCACCCCCUUCCUUCCGCACGUUUCCGCAUCCCAGAACCCAGCCAGCCUUGCGUCCCUACGCGGCCCCGGCCGUGAGUUCACGCCUGGGCAUGUCACCACUGCUUCCUCCACCCCAGCCCAGCCCAGCCCAGCCCACUCGUUGUCCCCCGAACGUGAGUUUACGCCCAGAUGUCAAGCCUGUCCGCUCGAUCAUCGCAGGCCCAACCAGACUGUGGCCCCAACGCGCACGCCGAGUCGGCUCCCCUUGCGCUCCUUCAUGCUCGAGCUGAAAGCCACCUCGCCCCGCCCAGUACAAUGCUCAAUCGCCUCUUCUACCCAAACCAUACCAAUCCCACAUAAACUCAACCCCAAUCUAGGCAAGGGUCCCCUCUCCCUCCCCGCAAUCCUCCUGCGCGUCGAAAAAGCAAACCCUGCAUGUCCCGCGUCCGCACCGGGACGUGGCGCUCGUGUGCGGCCUUUACCUUUGACUUUCACAUUUGCUUUUUCCUCUCUUCCCGCGGGUCCGGACACGAGCGGGUCGCGGGAGGGCCCGGUGUUGGUGAUUGGCGCGUGUGGCUGGUGAGGUCGGUUUCGCUGUGCUGGGGCCGGGUGUGGGA